GGAAUUGAGUUGGGGAUUGGGGUUUAUUUAAUUUUUUAAAAUGAAUUUUGUAUACUACAAAUCCAUAUAAUUCAGGGCGCUUCACAAGAUAAAUUAUGAACAGUUACAUCUGGGGAAGAAUCUUUGUCACUGUCUAUCUGGCCGACACAGCCCAUGACUGGGGCUUGAGCCCACGGAAGGGAUCCCCUUGUACAACGGGAGGCUGCGCCGGGAGGAAUUGCAGGGCAAACAGAGAUCUGCUGUAGCUGCCCUGACACCUAGUGAUCCCUUCAAGGGACUGGGCAGGUGAAAGCAUCCGCUUACUCAUGUGACGCGCAGGGAAUCCCCUUACACAAGGAGUUAAUUUAGUCCGAAAUGCUGCAUCCCUUUGAGCCUUGGUUGAAUUUAGGCCCUACAUCCAGCAACCAGCAUAUAGCAAUGAAGCGAUCGACACAACAGUGCCUCUGUGCAUGUGCAGAGUGAAUUUCAUUCGCCAGUACUACAAGAGAGAAGCAGAACCUAAGGACUAUGACAUACAUGAAAUUCCUUUGGGCUCUAAAAACUUAUGUCGCUCUACCUACUGGCGACUUGGAACCAUAGAUGAGAAAUGGGUAACCACAUAUGAAGAUCAUUUGUCUCAACCCUACAGAAUUAAAGAAUAUAAAGAACUAGACAUUCGGAAGUCUCUGUUGGAUGAAGAUAAUUUUGAAAUAGCUGUUAUUGGCAGGGAGACAGGGUUACCUGAAACAGGUCCUGGAGCCGUAUUGCCCUGUCACUCUCCAGAUCACUUUAAAAUGUUUCUAGAUACAACAUACCAAACAGAUUAUGUUCCACCAUAUGACUAUGAACCAUAUAUUGAGCUUCAGCCAGAUGGCUACUCUGUAGUUCACAGAAAAUGUCAUUCUCAGUUUACUGACACGGCUGAUUACAGAAGACAUGGGAUCAACACAUGGCAAGAUGAGAGUGGGUUGUAUGGUAAUGCAGAUCUAAGGCAGAAAGUAUUUCCUGUAACUAGCCCUAUACGGACAAAUGGGAAUGAAGAUCAUUCUUAAGCACUAGCAACUCUACAAAAGUAAAGUCUAUCUUUGUAUCUGAUUAUUGUAGAAUCAUACUGCAAAAUAAACAACAUUGCAACUUUUAGAAUAGUUGGUUAUAGAAUAAAUCCAUAUACAGUACUUAUAUAAUGGAUGUACCAAAUUGGGAUCCUGUUGUUAACCUGUUCAAAAAAACAAAAUAAAAACCCAGAUUACUGAAA